CUGUGCGGUUACAAGACGAAGAGGCUAAGCCUCGCCUCGCCUCGCCCCGCUCCCUGUCUCCAGUACGAAGCCCCCUUCCCAGGUUCUUUCCAGAGGGAGGCGCGGCCUGUUCCUUUAAGAAUUCUCCCGGAGAAGGAGGCGGGAACGCCGCCACAGGAAGUGCCCCCUCCCGAAGCUGAGGAAGGGGAUAGGCCCCAAGAUGGCGGCGGUGGUAGCGGUGGAGCGGCUUCUGUCGGAGGGGGAAGGAGGCGCCAUGGACUCGGCGCGACUCUCGCCCUCGCCUCUGCCCCAGCCCCGAGGGGAAGCGCUGCCCCUAGAACAGCUGCCUCAGAGCAACACGCUGGUGGGCCUUCCCAUUGUGGCCAUCGAGAGCAUCCUCAGCUUCCUCUCGUACGACGAGACCAGCCAGCUCCGCCUGGUUUGUAAGCGAAUGGACUUGGUCUGCCAGAGAAUGUUGAAUCAGGGAUUUCUCAAAGUGGAAAGAUACCAUAACUUGUGCCAGAAACAGGUUAAAGCACAGCUUCCAAGGCGUGAAUCAGAGAGAAGAAAUCACUCUUUAGCUCGUCAUGCAGAUAUUCUUGCUGCUGUAGAAACAAGACUGUCACUGCUAAAUAUGACGUUUAUGAAGUAUGUGGAUUCUAACCUCUGCUGUUUUAUACCUGGAAAGGUAAUUGAUGAAAUUUACCGUGUGUUAAGGUAUGUAAAUUCGACCAAAGCUCCACAGAGAGCCCAUGAAGUCCUUCAGGAGUUAAGGGACAUUUCAUCUAUGGCAAUGGAAUAUUUUGAUGAGAAGAUAGUUCCAAUUCUAAAGAGGAAGUUGCCAGGGUCAGAUGUAUCAGGACGACUUAUAGCAGCAGCUCCGGUUCCAGGUCCUUCUGCAGCCUUAACUACGAUGCAGCUCUUCUCCAAACAAAACCCGUCAAGGCAGGAGGUCACCAAACUUCAGCAACAAAUUAAAACUAAUGGUGCAGGAGUGACUGUGCUGAGGCGGGAAAUAUCAGAGCUUCGCACCAAAGUGCAGGAACAGCAAAAGCAGCUCCAAGACCAAGAUCAGAAACUGCUUGAGCAGACCCAGAUCAUAGGUGAGCAGAAUGCCCGGCUGGCUGAGCUCGAACGCAAACUGCGAGAGGUUAUGGAAAGCGCAGUAGGAAAUUCCUCUGGCUCAGCACCAACUGAGGAGACUCCUAGGAAACGGAAGAAGGUUGUUGAAUCAAUAGGUUCGCUUAGAAAGUCAAAACGCCUAAGAAAUAAUAAAUAACUUUGGGAUGAAAUGACACUUCUGUGGAAAUGCACUGCUCUAGUGAUCCAGGAAGGUUGUCUGGUAUAGAUCUUGUGAUCCACAGCAUGGUGUCAUUCAGGCUGCUGGUUCUUCAGAACACCAUAGACUUGAAAACAACUUUCUGUCAUUGAUGAGACAUUACUUCCCACCCCUGCCCUGCUUCUGUUUGAGUGGGCCUCCUGCACAGGAUUAUUAUAAUUUGCUAUAGAUUUAUACUAACCAAACAUGCUCUAUCAUGUUUUGAAAAGUUAACUUUCUUUUUCUGUGCAACUAUAAAGUGAAACUUACAUUUAUGCAUCUGUACCCAUAAAUGAAUAUCUUAAAUACAUCCAGACUUCAUUUCCUUGAAAAUUAAGAAUGGAUAGAUAGCAGAUGUCCUGUUCACUUGAAAAAAAGAGAGCAUUUUUAAAAAAGUAUGUUUGGGGAAAUAGUUUAAUUUUUUUUUGCAAGUGACCUUGUUUAGAAUGUCUGAAAAGUAGUUUAUACAUGUGAAAGUCUACAUAACAAGUAAAAAUGACUUCCUAAGCUUACAGUAUUGGCUAUAUAUAUUUUUGUAAAUUUGAAAAGGAAGGGACUUUAGUCUACUUUUCACAAAUGCAUACCCUAUGUCUAAGCAUUUAGAGCCAUAUUUUUAUCUUGCAUGGAGAGAUGCAUGCAUUGCUUAGUCAGCUUGGUAAAGCAUUUGCCUGGAGUUGCUAUUCAAUCAUUGGCCUUUCCCACCUUUUUGGAGAGCAGCUUCUUGUUUCCUUAGCCACAAUUCUGCAUAUGGUUUCAGCACAGUUCUUUCUUUUCUUGUGUGGCCAUUUUGUCUCGUUAAUGCAGGAGAAUAUAUCAGCCAAGCUUUUUUUUUCUUCCUGCUUGCCUAUAGAUGGCAGAGCCACUCCUAGCUAAAACAGGACUUGAGAGGUUUGUUCUUUUUUAUCUGUGGUUUUUGGUUUAUACACUACUGAUACCAAUUCAGAGGUUUAAAAGCAAUGUUAAGUGCUGGACAGAACAUACUGGUUUUGUUCAGUCCACAGGCUUGUUACUGCAAUGUUCAAAUUUUAAAAGUUUUAUGUUGAGAAAAAGACCUUACUGUUAUUUGGCAAGAACUCUCUGUAAUACUGUGUUCUAGCUUCCUUUAUCCUGAAAAGUAAAUUGACUUCAGACAAAAAAAAGCUUUAAAUUCUUUUGCACUCAUUCUGUUUUGAAGUUGUGACUGGAAAAGCAUGUCUUGCACUGUACAGUCUCUGAAUUUGUCACUUUAACAGCCUCCAAGUUGUAAUGUACAGUGAUUUUCCCCUCUACUUGUUUUGUUUUGAAAGGAUUGAGUCUUCAAAACAUACCACUUCCAUGAUUUAAUUUGCUGUUACUCAAUAAUGUAGUUCUGUUGCUCAACUGUCACAGUUUUUCUCUUAAUCUGCUUUUGCUGUUUGGGCUUUCACUAUUAUUAAAUAUGGAACAGAAAUCUGAAUUAGAGUGUUAGCUCAAAAAGCUACUCUUGGCAGACAUUUUGCUAAAGUACAAACUUAUUUUUCAUUUGUCAUAUAAACAUAGUGUUUUCCUGAAAACUUUUUUCGGCUUUUUCCUGGAUGCCAGAAGCCCAUUAGGAGUAAGUUCUCCCUAAAACAGAACAUUAUAAAUUAA